AUGGCGCCGAAAGCAAAGGCCUAUUGUGAAACUUUGAAGGCAGCUUAUUUGCUCGACGUGAAGUGGAAGAAAACGGCCGUACUCACGGCGGCGCACGGUUUCAGACGUUGGGAUAACACUGACGAGCUCGGGAGUCAACAGUCAUGCAUUCACGAUCGGAGCGCGAGCCAUGGAAGGCUAUUGGACGACCCCUGA